AUGGAGAGUGUUUGGGUCUUGCUGCUGCUCACCUGUAUUUUUGCAGAGUCCUUUGCCAGCCCAAGAGGACUCAUCUUCAAUCUGGAGAAUGGGGAGCUAUGUUUGCAAAGUGCCCAGUGCAAAAGCAAUUGCUGUCACAGAAAAAGUGGAUUAAGUCUGGCACGUUGUGCAGACAAAGCAGCUGAAAACCAGGAGUGUUCCCGGAAGCAUCUUUAUGGAGUAUAUUACAGGUGUCCCUGUGAGAACGGCUUAACUUGUAAAGCAGACUGGACGAUUGUGGGGAGUAUCACCAACUCUGACUUUGGCAUCUGCCAAGACCCAGCAGAGAAAAAGUGAAGGAAAACAUUAAAGAUGCAUAAGCUCA